CUAAGGAUCAGACCGUAUAUUUUCAUCCAUAAAUGCGAGGUCACACUGCCUAUAAUAUAAAUUGUUAGAUAAAUUGAUUACCCAAAUUUUAUAUUAGCAAUGUGGAGCGUGAAACCAGCCACACAGCUAUUCAAAAGCUGUCUAUCAACAGGCACGUUCGCAGCCGUCCUCACAGCCGGCCUCAAGUAUUUUGCUCCUCCAAUAAAAUAUGACAACGUUGAUCAGCCAGAUCGUCCGAAACUGCGGAUAAUGGAGCGCAUGCCGCAGCUGCCACCUAACCUACGUCCGCCCAAAAUGCAGAAGCGGUUGCGAUACAUGCGUGGCCCAGAACUUUUCCACAACUCGCUCCUCCACAAGCAGUACGCGAUCAUAGCCACUGGUGGCGGUCGCCUGCGAUGGGGCCACUAUGAGAUGAUGCGUCUCACCAUCGGUCGUAAGAUGAACGUCCAAACAAUGUUUGCUACAUGGCGCGUGCCCGCCCCCUGGCAACCCAUCACAAAAAAAGGGCAGGGUCAGCGCAUGGGAGGCGGCAAGGGUGCCAUCGAUCAUUACGUAACGCCCAUUAGGGCAGGUCGUGUCAUCGUCGAAAUAGCUGGAAAAUGCGAAUUUGUCGAGGUAAAGGCUUUCCUGCAGCAAGUCGCCAACCAGCUGCCCUUCCAGGCGACAGUCGUCUCCCAGGAAAUGCUCUACGAGGUACUAGACGGAAAGGAGGAGCACGCACGAGGAAACCAAAACCAAUAUACCAUGAAGUACGUCAUACAAAACAAUCUAAAUGGCUGCCAUCGGUGGCUUUCUCCCGUGGAUCACAAGUGGUUCGGCAAGCACUUGUAGAUCGAUUUAAUCCUUAUUACCACUUAUCCCGUUACAUACCCGCAAUAAACAGACGAAUGGUAAAGUUCUCA